CGCCAAAGACUUUCAUUUUUCUCUUCUUUUUUCAUGCCGUAGCUAUACUCGUCGUCCUAUAUAUUAUAUAUAUAUAUAGACCCCUGGUCCAUUUCCCAUACCCAUUUAACUUUAAUCACAUAUAUUUCUAAUUGAGUUCACCACAUAUUUCCAUACAAAAAUAUAUAGAUCACUGGCCAUUACUUCAAAAAACUAGAAGAACAAAAUAUGAAGCUGUAUAUCAAAGAAUUUUCUCUUCAUGUUCUUCUUGUUUAUAUGAUAAUUAUAUUCUUGUUUUUCACGUACCAAUCAAAUGCUUCUAUACAAUCCUUCGUUUAUGGUGGAUGUUCACAACAGAAAUACAAUCCUGGUACAGUUUACGAGUCAAACGUUAACUCGCUCCUCACUUCACUAGUCAACUCAGCAUCUUACGCAAAUUUCAACAACUUCAAGAUUUCUCUACCGGGUUCGAGUCAAAACGACAUCGUUUAUGGACUUUUUCAGUGCCGAGGCGACUUGGGAAACUCCGACUGCCGGAAAUGCGUGGCUACGGCAGUGAGCCGAGUCGGGACGCUCUGCACCACCACGUGCGGCGGCGCGUUGCAGUUAGAUGGGUGUUUCGUGAAAUACGAUAAUGUUUCUUUUCUUGGUGUGGAAGACAAAGGUGUUGUCAUGCACAAAUGUGGACCGUCGAUUAUGGAUGAUAAUGAAAUGUUGACUAGAAACGAUGCCGUUUUGACUUAUUUAGGAGCUGUGCCACAAGGUCAAUAUUUUAGAGUUGGCGGGUCUGGGAAAAUUCAGGCUGUGGCUCAGUGUACGCAAGAUUUGAGUGUGAGUGAGUGUGAAGAUUGCUUAACGGAGGCGAUCAGACAGCUGAAAAGUGAGUGUGGGUCCUCACCUUGGGGAGAUAUGUUUUUGACCAAAUGCUACGCGCGAUUCUCGGAGCGUGGAUUCACCUCUAAAAGCGCCCUAUAUACAAUUUCAGGAGAUGAAGAUGUUGAAAAGACACUUGCAAUUACAAUUGGGCUUAUAGCUGGUGUUGCUGUCCUCAUCGUUUUCCUUUCGGUUCUAAAUAAGUUUUGUGAAAAGAAAGGUGGUAAAUAAAUAAGGCACAUCUUGUGCAUGUGGAUAGAACUUCUUCUCCCUUGCUUCUUACUUGGGUAAAUUGCUUUCUUUUGGUGCUCUUUAGCUUUUGUAUAUUCUCUUACCCUAAACCAUGUUUUUUUUCAAGUUUCCUUCCUAUAUCCAAAAAACAAGACUCAAAAGGUUGGCUAAAAGGUGAUUGAAAGGAAACAGGAGCCUAAUAGCAAUAAUAGCAGCUAUAAUGCAUGUAACAAUUGGCCUCUAUACUUUUGUUAAAGUGCUCAUCACUUUCUGCUGAAGAUAAGUCUUGCAUUAGGGCACUUUUUGUUUGUGAAGGAUAUGCAAUUUGUUAAGCCCCCUUUUUCAUGUAAGGAACACUUUAUAUUCAAUUAUAAAGUUAUAAUGCAGAAAGUUCAAUUGCUAUA